AUGAGCAACUCUCGUAAGGCAGAGGAGAACAGAAACCAGAUCAAGAAUGCUCUACAGGCAAUCAACAAGAAACCCGGCCAGGUUGUCCAAACCAAGGAUUUGACAGUUUAUAUCACAGAAGAUGGACAAAAGCUCAGUACAGUGGAUAGAGCUGUGCCCUCGGUAGCGGCACCCGCAACAUUUAAACCAGACGACUCGCAAGUGUUCUUGCCCAACGGCUUGCCCAACACGGAGUUUUUGAAAGACCAUUUCUUCCAUGAGGGUCGCUUACAACAGCACCAGGCCGUGAAGAUUAUCCGUGAUGCCACCGAUCUUCUCAGCACCGAGCCCAACCUUCUCACGGUGCCAGCUCCCGUGACGGUGUGUGGAGAUAUUCAUGGUCAAUACUACGAUUUGAUGAAGCUUUUCGAGGUGGGUGGAGACCCCAAAACAACUCAGUAUCUCUUUUUGGGAGACUAUGUUGACAGAGGACUGUUUUCUAUUGAAUGCUUGAUUUAUUUGUACAGUCUAAAGCUCAAUUAUCCGACUACGUUCUGGAUGUUGCGAGGAAACCACGAGUGCAAGCACUUGACAGAUUACUUCACAUUCAAAGGCGAGUGUCUCCACAAGUAUUCCGAGAGGUUGUAUGAGGAGUGCUUGCAACUGUUCAAUGCAUUGCCGUUGGCAGCCAUCAUGAACAAGCAGUUUUUCUGUGUUCAUGGCGGACUUUCGCCAGAAUUACGGACGCUUGACGAUUUAGCGCGUCUUGACCGUUUCAGAGAGCCUCCGACGAAAGGAUUGAUGUGUGACUUGCUUUGGGCAGACCCCAUCGAAGACUAUGACGACAACAACAUGGACCAGGCUUUUGUCCGCAAUGCAGUACGUGGUUGCUCAUAUGCUUUCACCUACAAGGCAUCAUGCCAAUUCUUGGAGCGCACAGGCUUGCUUUCCAUCAUUCGAGCCCAUGAGGCCCAGGAUGCCGGGUACCGAAUGUAUAAGCGUACGAAAACCAUGGGCUUUCCGUCGUUGCUCACCAUGUUCUCCGCUCCCAAUUACUUGGACAACUACAACAAUAAGGCAGCGGUGCUCAAGUACGAGAACAAUGUCAUGAACAUCCGUCAGUUCAACUCGUCGCCACACCCUUACUGGUUGCCUCACUUUAUGGAUGUUUUCACUUGGUCGUUGCCGUUCGUGGGCGAAAAGGUCACUGACAUGUUAGUAUCCAUUUUGAAUAUUUGUACUGAAGAGGAGCUCGAGGAAGAGACACCAAUUGCCCAGGGCUUCGACUCGCCACAAGCAUCGCCCAUUGUCACCACACCUCCAAUGGCGUUCCCCAAUACCGCAGAAGUGGCCAGCCCUGGGACAACGCUUGAGGAUAAGCGUCUUGCUUUGAGAAACAAAGUGUUGGCCAUUGGUCGAGUUGCACGCAUGUAUCAGGUGUUGCGAGAGGAGGCAGAAAACGUUGACCGGUUAAAGAGCAUGAACGAGGGCAUUUUGCCUAAGGGCUCGUUGAGUAAUGGAAGUGAAGGACUUCGUGCUACGAUAUCGACAUUCGAAGACGCCCGUAAGGCUGAUCUAGCAAAUGAGGCCAUGCCUCCUUCAGAGGAUGAGCAGAAGAAGUUAGAGGAAAAGAGGCAGGAGAAAUUCAAGAAGGACAUUGCCUCUCCAGGGAGCAACCCGGUCUUUCUGCGUCUUAUCAGAAAACUUUCUGGCUGA